AUGCGCCCGCGGAUGCUGGGCCCAUUGUGUUCCGCAGCAGGGCGGAUUUUGUUCUCCACUUUGCAGAGUUCGGGGUUGUGUUUUGUUCUGGCGAUCCUCUUCCUAAUCGGCCUCCCCCUUAUCCUCGGCCCUUCCAAAACCCUCUCCUUCUUUGCCCGCCGCCAAAAGAUCACAGGAACCAUAACCUUCGCGCUAGGAAUCCUUCUAAUCCUCUUCCGUUGGCCGCUGAUCGGCUUCUGCGUCGAGCUGUACGGUCUCUUCGUGCUAUUUGGGGACUUUUUGGUUACCUUGAGUGGGUUUGUGGGGUCUGUCCCGGUGGUGGGACCGUCGUUGAAAAGGGUAUUGGUGUUUAUCGGGACGGCGGGCGGGAGGAGGGGCGGGGGUGGGGAGUUGCCGGUUUGA